ACCAGUAUUAUUACGUGAUUUCUACCGAAAUAGAAGAAGAAAAUACAAACUAAUAAAUCAGGUGAAAGGAGGAAAACAGUAUGCCUUCACCUUGCGCGAGAGAGUCCUCAGGAGCCUGCUGUAAUGGUUGUUGUCCAAAUCCUUUUGUUGAGCAUCCUGAGUUUCAUUCUCUAUCUCCCAAGUCUCCAACAACGGCAGCUUCUGCAAGAAAAGAGUUUAAAGUUACCACAACUUGUUCUCUUUUCCCAACAAAUGAUCAUUUCACCAAUCAUGAGUCUUUGCCGUCUUUACACGAAUCAUAUUCUAAUUUCACCAAAGUAUUUCCACAAUAUUCCCAGAAUGAUGAGGCAGAUCGAGUCCGAUCCGAACAUUAUUUCCAUCUCUCCUUGUCGAAUCAUGUUUGUUUUGAUUACAUUGGACAUGGACUCUUCUCUUAUACUCAGCUACAGGCCCCUUCGUCAUCAUCUUCAUCACUUCAAUUAGAACCACCCUUUUUUGAUAUUUGCUACAAGUCUGUGAACUUGAAUUCUCGAAUGCAAUUUGGCGGUAAAGAAUCGGAAUUGGAAUGCAAAGUCCGGAAAAGAAUCAUGGCUUUUAUGAACAUCUCCGAAGAGGAUUAUACCAUGGUGUUCACAGCCAAUCAAUCAUCUGCUUUCAAGCUUCUGGCAGAAUCUUAUCCCUUUUAUUCUAAUAAAAAUCUACUCACUGUUUAUGAUUAUGAAAAUGAGGCAGUAGAAACCAUGGUGGAAAGCUCCAAGAAGAGAGGAGCGCGAGUCAAGAACACGGAGUUCUCGUGGCCUAAUCUGAAAAUUCAUUCGGAAAAAUUGAUGAAGAAGUUAGUGGGCAAGAGCAAGAACAGAAAAAAGGGACUUUUUGUAUUUCCUCUUCAAUCAAGAGUGAGUGGAGCAAGGUAUUCUUAUCUGUGGAUGAGCUCGGCUCAAGACAAUGGUUGGCAUGUAUUGCUUGAUGCAAGUGCAUUGGGGCCUAAGGACAUGGAUACAUUAGGCCUCUCCCUUUUUAAGCCUGACUUCCUCAUUUGCUCCUUUUACAAGAUUUUUGGAGAAAAUCCUUCCGGGUUCGGCUGCUUGUUUAUCAAGAUAUCUAGAGCUUCAGUCUUGCAGAGUUCAACUGGUGCUGCAAACGUUGGGAUUGUGAGUCUUGUCCCGGCUAUGAGACUAUCUCAAGUGCCAGAAGGUUCAACUUUUACUGAUGCAGAAACGGAACAAGGUUCAAAGUUAGAGUUACAGAAAGAUAAUAUGGCUACUUCUGAAGAAUCUGAAUUGCACAAAGCUGAAAGAACCAAUGUGAGAGUGAAACAUAAGGAGUUAUCAUUUUCUGAAAUCGUGGAACUAGAGACAACCAAUGAAUCCACCCAAUCUUUUAUCAGAGAAAUCGGCAUGAUUGAUGAUGGGAAGACAAAACUGGAAUGUAAAGGGUUGGAUGAUGCAGAUUCAUUAGGCCUAAUACUGAUCAGUCAUAGAGCAAGGUACCUGAUAAACUGGUUAGUAAACGCACUAAUGAGUCUUCGACAUCCAUAUUCAGAACAUGGGCUCCCCCUGGUCAGAAUCUAUGGACCAAAGGUAAUGUUUGACCGAGGUCCGGCUGUAGCAUUCAAUAUAUUUGAUUGGAAUGGGGAAAAGGUUGAUCCUGCACUGGUACAAAAGCUAGCUGAUAGGUACAAUAUUUCAUUAAGUAAUGGAUUUCUAGUGAAUAUAUGGUUCUCGGACAAGUAUGAAGAAGAGAGGGAGAGGGUACUGGAGAGAAGAAGUGGAGAAGGAGAUAGAAAUGCUAGAGGGGUAUCAGUGGUAACAGCUGCACUGGGAUUCUUGACAAAUUUUGAAGAUACAUACAGGCUUUGGGCAUUUGUUUCAAGGUUCUUGGAUGCAGAUUUUGUGGAGAAAGAGAGGUGGAGAUACUUGGCUCUUAAUCAAAAGACAAUUGAAAUCUAAACUAGUAAAAUUAUUCCUUCAUUCUUUUAUUUUAUUAUAUAUACAGAGACUAUCAAAUAUAGAGCUGUGCACAGCCAAUUCUUCUGAUCAAACUUCAGUUUUUGAUUUAUUUGUUCACAGAUACAGUGAAUAAUCUGUGUAAGAAAGAGAAUCAAUGUAUGCAGUUCUUCACUGCCAAGAUAAUUGAUUAUGAAAAUGUU